AAUGAAGGGUCUUGUCUUGUUUUUGAUAACUUUGGCUCUGGCCAAGUCACUUCCACUCGAGACCGAUCAGAACACCGAAGUCGCGCUGAACGAGGACGAGAAGAUUGAUACAGCUGAUAAGCUUGAAAUUGCUAAAAGAGGUAUUAGCGAGGGAAUAUAUCUCAUUGAAAACGUCGAAACAAAGCGCCUCUUGUUCCAGGACGGCCCUCCCAUAAAAGGGCCUCGUGGAGCAGAAAAGGGGUGGGCGGCUAGUUCAGGCUUCAAAGCACCUGCUGUUGUCGGAGCUGAUGCCAACUACUACAAUCGAGCUUACUGGAAGAUCAUUCCUCUAGGUGGUGGCAAAUACUUCAUCGAAAACUCCGAGACGAAAAGGUACUUGUUUCAAGGUGGCCCUGCCAUAGAAGGGCCUCGUGGAGCAGAGCAUGGGUGGGGGGCUAGUUCAGGCUUCAAAGCACCUGAUGUUGUCGGAGCUGAUGCCAACUACUACAAUCGAGCCUACUGGAUGAUUACUCCAGUAAGUAAUGGCAGGUACUUCAUUGAAAACAUCUUCACGAAGAGGCUCCUGUUUCAACCUGGUCAACCGAUUAAAGGGAAUCGUGGAGCAGAAGGUGGAUGGAAGAAUGCUAAUGGCCUUACUUCACCUGUUGUUGUCGGUGCUGAUGCCAACUACUACAACCGAGCUUACUGGAUGCUACACAAAGUGCGUUAGACUGAUAAAAAAAAAAAACGUGCCAACAACGUUAAGGGUAGCAGUUAUAAUGGAACUGUUAGUAGCUUUUCCUGGGUUGUAGUGCAAGUUUGUCAAAUGUUUAAACUUCAAGCUUUUGAUUGUAGUGUGAAAAAUAAAAGCACAAAUUAAAAGAGAUGAUCUAGUUUGCAUGGAUC